AUGAUGUCCCAAAUCCCCGGCGAGAUCCCACCACCCAACCUGGCCGCUCUGGCCGAGGACCACUACUUCUCUGCCAACCCGCCGCCCAAGGACCUCGAGAAGCAUGUGAAGCUGGCGAAGGACUUUAUCGAUUUUCAUGCCAAGGAGGGAAGGAGGUUGGUGCUGAUUACCAGUGGUGGAACUACUGUGCCGCUUGAAAAGCAGACGGUGCGGUUCAUCGACAAUUUCUCGGCUGGUACUCGCGGUGCUACAUCCGCCGAAUACUUCCUCGAAGCCGGCUACGCCGUCCUCUUCCUGCACCGACAAUUCUCCCUCCUGCCCUUCUCGCGCCAUUACUCGCACGCAACCGAUUGCUUCCUCGAUUUUUUGAGAGAAGGCCCCAACGGCUCCGUCGUCGCCCGCGACAAGGACGCCAGCAAAAUGCUCCAAGUCCUCCGUAAAUACCACGACGCCCGCGACAACAACAUGCUGCUGGCCAUCCCCUUCGUCAGCAUCUCGGACUACCUGCACGAGCUGAGGUCCAUCGCCCAGCUGAUGAAGCCGCUCGGCCCUGAUGCUCUCUUGUAUCUUGCCGCCGCCGUUAGCGACUUUUUCGUGCCGCCGGAUCGCAUGUCGGAGCAUAAGAUCCAGAGCACGGAUGCUGCUGACUUUAAGAAGUCUUCUUCAACCUCGACUUCUGUUGCGCCCAGCACGAGGGCCACGCCUGCCCCUGGAUCUGGAAAUGGAAAUGGAUCGGGGACGGCGGGAGUGGUGGAUGAAGAGACCUUUGACAACUUUGAUUCGUCCCCCACCGUGCCUAGGAGUAAGCGGUUGGUGGUCGAUCUUGACCCUGUACCCAAGUUCCUCAAGAACUUGGUUGAAGGGUGGUCGCCUGAGGGAAUGAUUGUCUCGUUCAAGCUGGAGACGGAUCCGAGUAUCUUGACGCUGAAGGCCAAGUACUCGCUGGAUCGGUAUCAGCAUCAUUUGGUUAUUGGGAACUUGCUCUCAACCCGCAAAUGGGAAGUAGUCUUCGUAGCACCCAACCGCAAAGACCGCUGGAUCCGGGUCCCCAUGCACCGCCGUGUCGGCUCCGGCUCUGCUUCUUCCGGCAACCCAAACCCACCAUUAGAUGCCGCCGAUGCCGUAACAACAAAUAAGGACGAACCGCUAGACCCCAAGUCCCUCCCCGAAGGCGAACCCGAGAUCGAGAUCGAGAGCUUGAUCAUCCCGGCCGUCAAGGAGUUGCAUAGUGAGUAUGUUGAUACCUUUGAGAGGUCGGAGAGGAGGGGGAGGAGUGGCACGCCUGCCUAG